AUGGCCACCCUCCGCGUUCUCUCGUUCGAUGCUGAGGGCCGCCCGAUUGAGUUCGAACCCUGGCUAGAUGAUCUCCACCUGUUCUUAAUGAGCGAUAGCAAAGACAACGUUUCGCUUUUUGACCACACUUCUGGUGCAUCCGUCGCCCCUGCUGCUGCCACAGCUGAGCUUAGCGCCCGUUCCCAGUGGCAGACUCGUGACGCUGCUGCCCGCCUAGCCAUUCGCAACCACCUACCGCUAACCGAACUCAAGCAUUUUGGCGAGCACAAAACUGCUAAGGCCCUGUACGACGCUGUAGUUGCUCGAUACUCCUCCCCUGCCACUGCUGAGCUUAGCCGCCUCAUGCUGCCAUACCUGUUUCCUGAGCUGUCCACAUUUCCCACCGUUGCCGAUCUUAUCACCCACCUUCGCACUAGUGACACUCACCUUCGCGCCGCCCUCCCCAGAGAGUUCUGUGCUAAGAACCCGCCUCCGAUGUACUGGACACUCCACUUUAUAGUCACCCGUCUCCCUGACGUGCUUAGCUCGGUCAGGGACCACUUUCUCGCUCGCUGUCCCACCGAGCUCACUGUCGACCUCCUCGAGGAGCAACUCCUUGCAGCAGAGAAGAGUAUAGUCGUUGUAGCUGCUGCUCGUGGCGCUCCUCGCUCUCCCAUCUUUGAGGGGUGCUCUCCCUCUCCCCUCGCCCCCUCCUUCGCUACUGCUGCUGCUGUUGACUUCCUUGGUGCUGAGUCUGCAAGUGCUGCUUCUGCUCCUAGUGGGAGGCGCCGCAACGGCAAGGGCAAGGGAGCCAAGGGUAGUGGAGGUGGCAACGGGGGGGGUGGUGGUGGAGGAGGUGGAGGAGGAGGAGGUGGCGGAGGGGCUGGUGGUGGGAGUGUUGGCGGGAGUGGCAGUGGCAGUGGAGGCAGUGGAGGCGGAGGGGGUGGCAGCGGCGGUGGCAGCAGCGGUGGCGGCCGGGGCGGUGGUAGCGGCAGCAGAGGCGGUCGGGGUGGAGGCACUGGCGCUGGCCAGAGCCAGCAGCAGCAGCAGCGUCCCCAGACAUCCCAGCAGCUUCGUGAGUGGCUUACUCAGCGUGGGAAGUCUGGGGGUGGUGGUCGCUGCCCUUAUGUCAUUCGCACAGGUGACCGCAAGGGUCAGACGUGCAACAAGUUCCACACCCAGUACCGCUGCUUAUCCCACCUUGACGACGCCUGGCGUGAGGAGAUGGGCGAGGAGGUAGACCGCCCUCGCUGGCAUGAGCUGUAUCGGGCUGGUGUAGACAUUUUUGCUCUUGACUUUGAUGCUAUUAUCUCUGCUAUGUAUGCAUUGAAAGUUAGUGCUGAUGGUGAAUGUUACCUGUGUAUGCCGCCUGACCCAGGUAUAGAAGGUGUUGCCUUAGAAGCACGCGAGUCUGCUCUCUCAGGUACUGCGCCUGCUGAGGCCUUGCACACCUUCACACUUGACUCAGGUGCUUCCCGCUAUUUCUUCCGUGACAAUACUGCCCUCACACCACUCCCAGCACCUGUUCCAGUCCGCUUGGCUGACCCCUCAGGGGGCCCAGUUCUUGCACGGUCCACCACUGUGCUUCCGUGCCCGGCGGUCCCGUCUGGCUCACUGUCAGGUCUCCACCUCCCCUCGUUCUCGACGAACUUGGUGAGCAACGCUGCCCCUCAAGAUGCGGGGGUUAAUACCUUCACCCCUGCAUGGCAGCGUGUGGCGAUCUGCACGUGUGCACAGACUGGCCGUCACCUGGCCACGUUCACUCGUCGGCCAGGGUCGAGUCUUUACACACUGACCACUGCGUCUCCUCAGGUUGCUGCUGUUGACUCUUCUCUGGCACCACCGUCUGGGUCACCCCUCCUUGCCACGUCUACGUGGCAUGCACCGUCGCCUUCUUGUCUCUGGUCUUCCAAGGUCUCUGCCUCCCCUCCCUGCCUCACCUGCGCCGCCUUGCUUCCUUGCGUCGAAGGGCGGCAGCGCGCCGCUCCUCUUUCCUCCUCGUUUCCCCCGACAGAGGCUCCCCUGCAGACCCUCCACAUGGACGUGUGGGGCCCAGCCCGCGUCACUGGACAGGGCGGCGAGCGGUACUUUCUGCUGGUUGUCGACGACUACACGCGUUACACCACGGUCUUCCCCUUGCGCACCAAGGGUGAAGUCCCUGCUGUCCUGAUCCCUUGGAUCCGAGCAGUUCGUCUCCAGCUCCGCCGCCGGUUCCGGUCGUACCUUCCUGUCCUGCGUCUGCACUCUGACAGAGGUGGUGAGUUCUCCUCCGACCUCUUGCGGGCCUUCUGUCAGAAGGAGGGCAUCGAGCAGUCCUUCACGCUUCCGGGCUCACCGCAGCAAAAUGGGGUUGCUGAGCGCCGCAUUGGUUUGGUCAUGGAGAUCGCUCGUACCUCCUUGAUCCAUGCGGCUGCUCCCCAUUUCCUGUGGCCGUUUGCAGUCCGGUACGCCGCGCAGCAGCUCAACCUCUGGCCCCGUGUGUCCUUGCCGGACACCUCGCCCACACUGCGUUGGACGGGGGAGGUUGGUGAUGCGUCGCGCUUCCGGGUCUGGGGUGCUCGUGCCCUUGUCCGCGAUACGUCCGCGGACAAGCUCUCCUCCCGCACCAUUCCCUGUGUCUUCCUUGGCUUUGUCCCUGACGCGCCUGGCUGGCAGUUUUACCACCCCACCUCGCGCCGGGUCUUUGCCUCUCAGGACGUCACCUUUGACGAGUCGGUUCCUUUCUACCGUCUCUUCCCCUACCGCACUGCCCCUCUCCCUCCCCCGCCGCUUUUCCUCGCUCCAGGUCCCCCUCCGGUAGACCCCCUCCCCCCUCAAGGUCCUGCUCCCUCAGGUGUGUCUCAGGUAGACCCACUCCCCUUGGCUGAGCCUUUGGAGGUCACUUCUGACACCUCUGGCCCGGCUGAGGGGGGUGACGUUACUGCUGACGCCCCGGCGGCGUGCCGCCGCACACCACGCUUGGAGACCCCUCCGGGUUUCCCGCCGCGACCGUCUUCGCCGCCUCUGCAGCCGGUUCCUGUUGACUCUAGUGCUGCUGGGGGUGGUGCUACUCGGGGUGCUGCGUCUGAGGGUGCUGAGCCUUUGCGUGAGGUGCUGGGGGGUGUGGAGCCUAGGGGUACUGGGCCUUCGAGUGCGGAGCCUGAGGGUGCUGAGCCGGAGGGUGCUGGGUCGGGGGGUGCUGAGUCUGCUGGCGUUCCUCAGGGUCUUGUUUCCCGGCGGGGACCUCUCUCACCACAGCAGCUUCGAGAGUGGCUUGCGUGGCGUAGCCGCCUGAGACGUCGUGCUGCUGGAGCUGGAGGUCCUGCUUCUGGAGGUACUCCUACUACGGGUGUUGAGACUGGAGCUGCUGGAGCUACUCGUAGUGGAGGCGCAGUGAGUGCUGGUGUUUCUGGUUCUGGAGGUACUGGAGCUGCCCGGACUGGAGGUGUCGCAGGAGGCGCUGGAGCUGGAGACCCUGGAGCUGGUGCUGUCGACCCUGGAGUUGGAGACCCUGGAGCUGGAGGUGCUGGUUCUGGGGGUCCUGCUGCUGGGGGUGCUGGUUCUAGGGGUGCUGCUUCUGGAGGUACUGAGGCUGGAGAUACUGGAGCUGGAGGUGCUGGUUCUGGGGGUGCUUCUGCUGCUGGUUCUGGGGGUGCUUUUGCUGCUGGUGCUGGAGCUGGGGCUGCUGGCGCUGGAGCCCCUGGAGCUGCUGACGCUGGAGGCGCUGGAGCUGCUCGCGCUGGAGGCGAGGGUGCUGCUGGUGCUGGAGGUACUGCGACUGUUCGAGCUGGUGGUGCUACUGGUACUAGAGGUGCUGGUCGUCCGAGCGCUACUGGUCGCGGAGGUGCUCGCGCUUCGGGAGCUGGAGCUGCCGGGGCUAGUAGUGCUGCGGACCUUGGAGCUGGUGAGCGUCGUGAGCCUGCGUCGCGUCCUACCUCACUUGUUCGCACUGUUCGCACUACUCGUCGUGUGCCUCGUCCACGUCCUCCCCCUGUGCCAGGUGUUCACACUAUGGCACUUCGUCCUUCCUCUGUUCCUCUGCGCAUUCUCCUACCAUCUCCUCCUGCGUCCUCUCUGCCUGACGUUCCAGACCCUGAGUCUGACCGGUUUCGUGCUGAGCACCCUACUGUCACGCGUCUUCUAGCCACUUUUGUCACUGACCCGUCGUUUGAGUCUGCUGCUGCGUCUGCCUUGGUUGCUGAGCUUGUCGACUUUGCUGCUACCUGUCGUCUAGACUACGCCGCUAGUCUUGUUGCUGAGUCUGAGUCUGUCUGUCCUCCGUCCGUCGAGGGUGAGUGUGCUCUUGGCACGGACGUCCUUGAGGACAGGCAGGAGGACCUUGAGUGUCUUGCAGCCGCUGCGCCUCAUCUCGUGGCCAUGCUGCUUGCCCCUGAGGGAGACCCGGAUGCACCAGACAUCCCGACCCCGUGCUCUUACGCUGAGGCGAUCACGGGUGAGUACUCCUCUCAGUGGCAGACAGCCAUGGACGCAGAGAUGGUAUCCUGGAAGUCCACAGUCACGUACGUUGAUGAGACCUUCUCCCCCACCCCGAAGAUGACCACUCUUCGGGUGCUGCUGCACGUUGCCGCUCAGCGUGACUACGAGCUUCACUCUCUUGACUUCAGCACAGCCUUCUUACAGGGCAGCCUGCACGAGGAGAUCUGGCUGCGCCGCCCACCUGGCUUCACUGGGUCGUUCCCUCCUGGUACCCAGUGGAGCCUCCGGCGGCCAGUCUACGGUCUCCGCCAGGCGCCUCGUGAGUGGCACGACACACUGAGGACUACACUUGCGGCUCUUAGGUUUGCUCCUUCGACUGCUGACCCGUCACUGUUCCUGCGCACCGACACUUCGCUGCCGCCGUUCUACAUCCUCGUGUACGUCGACGACUUGGUCUUUGCCACUGCUGACACUGAGGCUCUCGCUCAGGUGAAGUUGGAGCUGCAGAAGAGACACACGCGCACAGACCUGGGUGAGCUGCGCAGCUAUCUUGGCUUGCAGAUCACUCGGGACAGAGCACGCCGCACCAUCACCCUGACUCAGUCACACAUGGUGCAGCAGGUCCUUCAGCGCUUCGGCUUCUCCUGGUCCUCCCCACAGGCCACUCCUCUGGCUACAGGUCACUCGCUCUCAGCUCCACCUUCGGACGAGUCCGUAGAGCCGAGUGGUCCUUACCCAGAGCUAGUUGGCUGCCUCAUGUACCUGAUGACUUGCACUCGUCCUGACGUCGCGUACCCUCUUGGUCGCUACGUGGCUCCUGGUCGGCACCGACCUGAGCACAUGGCUGCUGCUAAGAGGGUACUGCGCUACUUGUGCAGUACAUCAGGCAUGGGGCUAGUGCUUGGAGGGAAGAGCCCAGUUGUUCUCACUGGGCACUCAGACGCGUCUUGGGUUGACGACCAGACUACACAGCGGUCGUCACAGGGUUACACCUUCAGCCUUGGCUUUGGCUCUGUUUCUUGGCGGUCUACACGCUCGUCUUCUGUUCUCAGCUCCAGUUGUGAGGCUGAGAUCUACGCCACCGCCAUGGCUGCACAGGAGUUACGCUGGCUCGUUCUCCUAGGUGAGCGGCCUCGUUCUCCUCCAGUUCUGUACGUCGACAACAAGGCGGCCAUUGCCUUGUGUGAGGAGCACAGACUGGAGCACAGAACGAAGCACAUCGCUCUGCGUUACUUCCUGGCUCGAGAGUUGCAGCAGCGAGGUCAGCUUCGUCUUCGUCACGUGGCCACUCGGGCCAACACUACUGAUAUAUUCACCAAGGCACUUCCGUCUAGUGAUCAUCAGCGCUUUUGUACCCUGUUAGGCCUUGUGCCUACGUUUCCACACUUGCUGUAG